CACAUGCAUCUUGAAUAUCCUUUUAUCUUGACUUAGUGCCAAAGUCUCAGCCCACAACAUACAAGGAGGAUUAGGAUUCGAUUGUCCUUUUAAUCUUGUGAUAUAUCAAGCCUUUCUUUGUCAAUAAAGUAUACGAGUUUUCACUCAUAUUUCCUUAGCAAUUUCCUGAUUAAUCGGGUUCAUCAACAGUUCGGACGACCACUCCGAAUUUUGGCAGGAUUUAUCUAGAUGAGAAGGUUGGUGCUGCACCCAACCGAGUGUCUGGUCGACAUGGCGUAUUUCAUGGAACUCGUGGAAAGUUCGGAUCUAGGUAUCUACCUUGCUUACUUGAUUUCUCUUGCAUCAUCAAAGAACUUCUGGAAAAUCAAACAUAUCGGUUUUUAGGACCGAGAUGAUUAAGAACACAACGUAUUCACUAAGAAACAUAAUUUCAUUUAUCUUUCUGACUACAUGAGAACAAGAAUAAUUACCCGAUAGAUAGUGAUUCAUAAUUAAAAAUUAUCGAUUUGAAAAACUUUCAAGUUUAGUCUUUGAAAUUAAAUUUCUUAAAUCGCCUAAAAUCAUCUCCAAUCCUUUUACUUUUACUACAAAACCUAAUAAAGGUUAUGUACUAAACAUUUUUUUUUUAAAUCCCAACUUGCGUUGGAAGUAUUAGUAUACUGUAACUAUAUGAUUUUAUGAGACAAUUCUCCUCUUUUGUCAUCCGCGACUGAACGCAGAUAACACGAAUAUAAAGAUCUAAAUGAAAAAUUAAUAACAGAAGAAAAUAAACUUGGAGAGAGCUGAACUGUUGGUUAUCAGCCAGAUACCACAGGGUUAUAUUGAAUUGUGAAUAUUAUUCAAACAUUUCGUCAGAUACUCUUCUGUUGAUUCAAGUAACGAGAGACAUAACCUGUGAACGAGGCGGCGUUCGAUACAUCGAGCGUUGACUACCGAGGAAGACGGCGGAGUCUAAGGCGGGAUACACAAGACGUCCUCUCAGUUUGCCCUCUAUAUAAAACAGAAAUGACGUGAUUGAUAGCACCUGUAACACAAUCCGAACACCUACCUGUCAGCCGAGUACUAGAGCUGGAUGCCGGCUCCAUAUGCAAUACUCGAGGCCUCUACGGCCUUGGUGGGGCUGGUGGGGAGCAUUGUUGUCAUUAUAGUGGUUUCUAUGGAUUCUUGGGAGGAAGCAGACUUCUCUUUCACUGCCUCUAACACGUCUUACCUACAAAUUUCUGUGGCAUCCUCAAAGAUGGAUGUAACUACCUACAGCAGCCGUGGUUCGCUGACCGAUGCCUGGUCCACCUAUUACUACUACUACCAGUACUGGGGACUGUGGAGAAUAUGUGAUCUUCUUACAGACACUGCACGCACUACCAUGACGACGGGAGGGGUGGAUCGAAAGCAGUGUUUUAACUUUCUGACUGACUACGACGAGGAAUCGGAAAUUGUAUCGACAAAUACUAAGUCUUUCAUGGGUCUUCAGAACUCUACAGUAGUUUGUUUUAUGGUCACUAUCAUCGACCUGAUCGUGGCUAAUUUUCUGGCGGUGCUCGGUAUCUACAGAAAACAAGUGCCCGUUUGUAUGAUAGCGGGCGCGCUCUACUGUAUUGCAAGUGUAUUUACAUUCUUUGGUUUAGUUAUUUUCCACGUGAAACACCAUUAUGAGCGUUACUACUGCCAAGCAUUAUACGACAUCCAAGAAAGCGUAUGUUCCAGUCGAUCAGUGAGCACAGGAUGGCCAGUCCCGGUUGCAUGGUUGGGCCUGAUUCUUUGCGUGAUGGAUAGCAUUCUGUGGGGGUUCCUGACGCAGGCGUUAAGGAUAAUAAAAACCAAAACAAUGAGCGAUAGGUAUUAGCACUGCUCUUGAGCUUUACAGUAUAAUUACGUGCCUUACCUAAUGUCAGGGUUCGGAACAUUAAGUCUGGUGAUCGGAUUUUUUUCACUGAAUAGACAUUCCCAGAGCAUGUUUUAUUCCGUCCCGAAUCUACCCGUCCUUCUUUGCAAUAUAUCGCAAGAAUCCUGUCAAUUAUAUUUUCUCAUACGGUGAGAUUUGAUUUUAAAUGCGUAUUGUUAUACCUCAGUAGAUUUUUUUUCUUUUUUACCAUUCGGAAUAAGUAUGAAUACUAUGUUUAUUAUUUGGGUAAAGUUUUCAGAAAUCGCACUCUUGAAUGCAGUUUUUAUGCGAUUUCUAAAAUUCUGAUUUGUGAUUGGCUAUUGGUGUCAGAUGUCGUAAUAUGUCAGUAAUAUACAUGUCACAGUCAUACGAAACAAAGAACUCUCUCAUUGACAGCAUAGGAUUGUUUAUAGAAUUUGGGGGGGGGGGGGACUUUCGAUGGAAUUCAAGAUGAUUCCGAUUUCAUAACACCAAAGUCAUGUAUAAUGCUCUGAAUUUAUUGUUCGAUAAUAAUGAAAUACUUUGUAUUGGUAACUGAAUCAGAUACAUAUCUGACAAUUAAAAGUCCGAUAAAUUGCAGGAAAUUCUCUAUGAUUGCAAUUCAACACUAUCUGUUAUCUAAUACCCCAAUUGUUAAGUAUAAGACGCAUACUGUAUCACUUAUUAUUACUGAACUAGUAAUUCAGGAAAUAGCAAGUUUAUGGUUUCCCUGAUCUGGAACUAUGACCUUUCUCUGUCAGUGACGACUCAAUGUUCAGCAUAUUAGGAUUGUUAAAGAUGGUAUCACCAAGGCUUCACUCUACCAGUAACGAUGUCAAGUGUUCAGCGUAUCGGUCGUACUAUAAAGAUUUUACUCUACCAUUGAUGACGUAAGGGGUUAAACAUAUAAAGGGCUGUUAGUGGACGUAAUAUCGAGGUUUCAGCUCCAUCAGUGAUAGCGAAAAGGAUUAAGCUUAUUAGGAGUUGUUGGCGGUUACAUAUUAACCAGUGAUGAUAUCUAGGGUUUAACAUAAUACGGGUGCUUCGUGGUUGUGCCAUCAAGGCCUCACUUUACCAGUGACGAUGUGAAGGGUUUAGUAUAAUACGGGUUGUUUGUGGUUGUAUUAUCAAGGCUUCACUUUACCAGUGUCGAUAUAAAGGAUUAAGCAUAAUACGGGUUUUAGUGGUUCUUUACAGGUUUCACCCUACCAGUGUAAAUAUUUUUACAAAAUUCCACCGAAUAGACAACAUGGCUAAAGAACUUUGGAAAUACAGAAACUUGAAAGGUCAUUUUCAGCGAUUCUUUUCUUUUAUCGUGUCAGUUUUAAUUUCCUAUUCCAUAUAUGCAUUUCUUUCUUGUAUAACAUUUAUUGUGACGAAACCCAGUCUCAAUGCCGCGGAAUAAACAGGACUACUCUAACAGAACUGUUAGUUAGGUUGUACUUCAUUUUGAUUGUAUCACUAGGAUACAGAACUAUUCAGUUCAUUACAUUUCUCGAUAUAAUUCUUAUUAAAGAGGAAUGGGAUUAAGAAUUGUAACAAAAUACCUCAAUUUGAAAAAUCUAUUUAACAGGUCUAAAAUAAAAAGGGAAUAAUUUAUGAUUACGUCAAACAUCUGCCGUCUUUUUAAUGCAGUGCAAUUAAACUUGUGCGUGAUGCAACAUGUGGAGUGCAGGGUUUACCGGAAGGACAAUAUCACCUAUUCGUGCAAUAGGUCCAUAGUUAAUGGUACUCGUUUCCUGCUAUGAGAGGUACAGGUAAGGCUGGUUUAUGACCAUCGCCGUGUGUCUCAUACGAAACUCCUUCUCUUAACAGUUUUUAGAUGAUAACAAGAGAUAUGUGACAAGAUGUUUUUUAACAACCUUAUACUGUCUUGCUAUGAUACAUAUAGAGUGAGGUGGUCUGUUUGUUAAUGUUAGUUGUUAUCGAAGAAUGUCGAUAUGUUAUUCAUUGUUACUUUUAAGCAAUAUUAUUAUUUAAUAAAUCAUCUGAACGUG